AUGGAAGCCAUGGAUAUCCAGGCGGUGGAGUCGAAGUUGAGCGACGUGACGGUUACAGCGAUCCCUAUGAAUGGUAAAAAUAAUCAUAAAGACAUAUCUUUGGGUGGUAACAGUCACGCUACGAUAUCUACCGUGUCGGGUUCAUCUCCGUCCUCAAACGGGAAGGAUAAAGAUAAUGGUAUGUCGAAAUAUGCUCAAUUGCUAGCUGUCAUUGAAGAAAUGGGCAAGGAAGUCAGACCGAGCUACUCCGGCAGCCGUAGCUCAGCCGAGAGACUCAAGCGUGGCAUCGUACAUGCUCGUAUUCUUGUUAGAGAAUGUCUGAUCGAAACAGAGAAAUCAGCAAGACAGUAG